AUGGAUGUUCAACAGUUUCCUUCCGGGUCGAUGUUCAUGGAUGAUUUAAGCUUCUCUGCAGCUGCAUCUUCACCUUUAAUGGACUUGGAAGCUUUCUCCGAUGCAAACCCAACUACAAAUACAACUACAACUCAUCCAAUAUCUUCAUCAACAACUACCAACGAGUUUGAGGAGGAGGAGGAAAAGGAGAUGCCACGCCCUCUUGCUUGCUUACAAGAGAAUCCAAUUCCGCCUUUUCUCUCGAAAACAUAUGAUCUGGUGGACGAUAGGUUGCUGGAUCCAAUAAUUUCGUGGGGUUCCAAGGGGGAGAGCUUCGUGGUGUGGGACCCUGUGGAGUUCUCCAGGCUUGUUCUCCCUCGGAAUUUUAAGCACAACAAUUUCUCCAGUUUUGUCCGACAACUCAACACUUAUGUGGUCUUAUCUUUUGUAGAUGUAGGUGAUGAAGAAAUUUUGUUUUUGUACGCCCUGGGAAUGAAAUGUAUGUAUUUAUGUGGAGUAGAUUGUUAUGUAAGGGAAGGAUUGAUUCAUUGUAUGUAUAGCUUUGCUGUUCUCUCUGUCCAUAUCACUAAUGAAAUACAGGGGUUCCGCAAGAUUGAUACUGAUAGGUGGGAGUUUGCCAACGAAUCUUUCAGAAGAGGAGAGAAGCAUCUGCUGAAGAACAUCCAUAGGCGCAAAUCAUCACAGUUGCAGCAGAUUAGGAGCCACACAGGGUCUUUUACUGAAGCAGGGAGGUCUGGAUUGGAAAGCGAGGUUGAAAGAUUAAGGAGGGAGCGGAGUAUGAUGAUGCAGGAGGUUAUAGAACUGCAGCGGGAGCAGUCUGGGUCUGUUCACCAUAUGCAAUCAGUAAAUCACAGGCUUCAGGCAGCAGAGCAACGGCAGACGCAGAUGGUUUCCUUCUUUGCAAAGUUGUUUCAGAAUCCAGCAUUCUUAGCCCGUCUCAAGCAAAAGAAGGAACAGGGAGAGAUUGGUUCAUCAAGGAUGAAGAGGAAGUUUGUUAAGCACCAGCAACUCGAACCCACCCAAUCUGAAUCAUCUAUGGAAGGGGAGAUUGUGAGAUACAUGCCUGAUUGGAGAAACAUCACAUUACCUUCUGUGGUCCCUGAUACAAACCCAGUUCCUAUUGACCAAUCUACUGAUUAUGUCUCACAAGGCAUGGUAGGCACGGGUCUAGGCAGUGAAGCAAUGCCAUUACUUGAAAUUGUUCCACCAGGUGAAGUAGCCAUCUCAGACGAAUUAGGAGUGGGACAAGGAUUUAUCAAAUCACCAGAGCAGGUCGGAGAAGGGUCAUUUGAUCCCAGACUCAAAGGAAAGAUUGCUAUGAGCCCGGAAAAUGAGGUUGGUCUUGAAUAUUUUGUCUCUUUUCCUGAGGAUUUGGGGAUGGAGAAAAGUUUUCCAGAAUCGUCUUCCCCUGGUAUUGAAAGUAUUGUUAAACAAGAGGACGCAUGGAGUUUGGCAUUUAACACCAGUGCUGGUAUGUCUAGUUCUAGCAAUGUUUCUUGGAAUAAUCUUGUCAGAUAUGAUGUGCCAGACUUCGGAUCAACAGGUGGAUUCUCGGAUAUCUGGGAUAUAGGUUCUGUGCAAGCAGGAGGAGGUUUGGACAUGGAUAAGUGGCUGGCUGAUGAAAAUCCUGUUGAUGAGUCUGAUGGUCAAGCUGGCCAACCAAAAGAUGAUAAAUAA